AUGGCAGCCCCACCAAACCUGGAAGAAGGUCAAUUAUUUACCAGACCACCCAGAUUCAAUGGAAAUUAUUAUGGGUUGUGGAAGGCUAGGAUGCAUGAUUUCAAUAUGGCUGAAGACUCAGAACUGUGGGACAUUAUUUUUGAUGGUCCUCAUGUUCCUGUAAACAAAGAUGAAGCUGGCAUAGCAGCCACUCAAAAAAUGAGGCAAGAAUAUAAUGAGGCAGAUAGGAAGGCUGUGGAGAAAAACUACAAAGUAAAGAAGAUUCUUGUCCGUGGAAUAGGAGCUGAGGAAUACAAUCGUAUUUUAGCAUGUACAACUGCUAAAGAGAUCUGGGAAGCUCUCCAAACUGCCCAUGAAAGAACAACUCAAGUAAAAAACACCAAGAUUGACAUGCUCACUACAGAGUAUGAGUUGUUCAAAAUGAAAGAGGACGAAUCUAUCCAUGACAUGCACACUAGAUUCACCUCUAUAAUCAAUGAACUCAGCUCUCUAGGAGAGGUCAUCACAUCUAUCAAACUGUUAAGGAAGCUACUCAGAGUUUUGCAUGAUUCUUGGAACAGUAAAAAUGAAGUAAAGAAAGAGAGAAAUCUAGUUCUUAAAGCUGCAAGAGGGGAUUCAAGUGACGAUGAAUCUGAAAUAGCCUAUCUUACUUGGAGGUUGCAUAAGAUAAUCAAGAAGAAUGGUGGAUUCACUAAGACAGGGUGUUCUACCAGAAACUUCAGAGGAAAUGACAACUGUUGUCACAAAUGUGGGAAACUUGGCCACUUCAUGAAGGAUUGUCCUCAAAACAAGCAGGACAAUUAUGAUUGGACAGUCAGGAGGAACCAGAUCCCCGACAGAACAUUCAAAAAAAGAGAAGUUACUGACGAGCUGGUAAAGCAAGAGCUUGCUGCGAAGGGAAAUUCCUCUAGUGAAUCUGAAGAUGAAAAUGACCAAGGGGACACAUCAAUGAUGGCCAUUGAAGAUGAAGCAAUUGAAAAUAGGUUAAUAAGUGUGCUCAUGGCUAAGUUUGACACGGAUGAUGAGGAUAAGGAGAGAAACUUUCUUGACACAAAGAAAAACUUAAAAGUUUACUCUCAAAAGAAACUGAUAUCUCUAUCAAGCGUGUUAAUUGAUGCGUAUCACGUUUUGGUUGCUGAGAAGGAUGAGCUGAAUCAAAAUGAGUUACUAGAAAAGAAUUUGAAUAGGGUCAAGUUUGAUCUUGCCAAAGCUCUCAAUUGGACUUGGUCCUCUGAUAUGAUUGCCUCCAUGUACAGGAGUAAAGGAGAUGAAAAAGAAGGGAUUGGUUUUAACAGAGAGAAAAUACCCUAUAAUCCACACAGCAAGUAUGUCUCCACAACUGAAAACUGGUUGUGCACUCACUGUGGGAAACCAGGACAUUACAAGGAGGGAUGUAAAGCAAGGAUUAAGGUUUUUCAAAGGAACAAAGACUUUGUCAAAAAGGGAGUCAAAAUAGGAGGAACUGGUCCUUAG